UUUUCCCUUUAUUUAUUCAUUUGUAUGUUUAUUCAUUUUUUAGAAAAUAAUUCUUGUAAUGAAUUCUUCACCAUCUACGAAAAGAAAAUAUAAUAAAGAUCAUUAUGAGCAAAGUACUAACUAUAAGCGACCUCAUUAUGAUGAUACUGUGUCUGAAACAAAUAAUGAAGAAAUCAAACAGUUUUCUUCCGAUCAACGAUUAGCUCAACUUGAUGAACCUAUUUGUGUUGUCUGUGGAAAAUACGGUGAAUAUAUAAAUAAUGACACAGAACAAGAUGUUUGCAGUUUGCAAUGUAAAGCGAUCAAUACUGAUUUAAAUCAACAUCGACGUCAACGGCGUCUACGAUCACGACGUCCUGUUAUAAAUACUCAACUUCAUGACUAUGUAGCUUCUAAUCUUCAUGCAAAAUUAACAAAUUAUCAAGAGCCUGAUUCAAUUCGUAAUCAAACAAAUGAACAAGUAGAUCAAAUGUUAAAAGCACAUGAUAUAAAAAUCAAUGGCUCUCAUAUACCCAAACCUUUUAGCACUUACGAUCAACUUCAAUCGAUCUUGGGAGAUACCCUUUUAAGCAACAUUGAAUCUAUAGGAUGGUCCAUGGCCACUGGCAUUCAACGUCAAGCUGUUACUAUUAGUCUAGCAGGUCGUGACUUGCUGGCGAUUGCACCUAAACGUUCAGGUAAAACAGGGGCAUAUCUAAUUCCUUUGAUAGUGCAUUGCAUGUCUUUAUCUAAAUGGGACCAACAUAAACGACGUGCUGGACCUUAUGCCUUGAUCAUCUCCCCUACACGUGAAUCAUGUAUUAAGAUUGAAACAGUUUGUAAACAGUUGACAUUAGGUAUUCGUAACCUACGUACAGGACUAUUGAUUGGUGGCGAGCCAUUACCGACUCAGCUAUAUCGUCUGAAGAAGGGAGUACAGAUUGUGAUUGGCACUCCAGGACGUAUCUUGGAGAUAGCAAGCCAACAUGCACCCUUAUUAAGGUUAUGGAAGAUACAGAUGUUGGUGAUGGAUAGCGUGGAUACUAUGUUGAGUCAGGGCUUUGGGAGUCAAGUAAAGCAAAUUAUGGGCAAAUUCCCAAAUACCACAGUUCGACAAACACUUUAUUAUUUCACCAAACUGAGUGAAGACAAAAUGAUGGAUGGACUUUGCCGUCACUUGAAUUCGCCAGUCAAUGUCAAAGUAUUAUCAAAGGAAGAAAUAGAAGACGAAAAUAGAGUUUAUUAUCACGAUACUGGACAAUCAGAACAAACGAAGCCAAUAUUCAGAUAUAUUCAAACGAUUAAAAAAAAGGACAGAAGAUAGUUUUUUUUUUCUUGUGUACAUUUAUGGCAACAAAUAUAUGUAGACUUGUUUCAUUCUAGUCCUUCUCCUAUUUCUGUUGCCAAAGCCGUAGUUUCAAAUAAAUAAACAAAUAAACAAACAAAU